ACCAGUUACACACUGGGGUCGAUGUAAUCGACUUAAUCUCUUUGUCUGUCCUUGUUUGUACCCUCUAUGUUUAGCCUCCUGUGGGCAAUAAAGAAAUAAAUAUAAAUAUGCUGGCCAAAACAUUUACACCUGUGUACUUCCUUGGUACGUAAACUAUAUUUUGAAAUAGACAGCCGAAUGCAACAAAAAUUAGUGAAAGGAUUGAAAAAAAUUGAGUGGAGGAAGAGAUAGAGAGGAACAUAGAGAAAGGGAGAGAGAGAAAAAGAGAAAGACAAGAGAGGGAGAUAUUGGCAGAAAAAGCGAGAGUGUGAGUGAAGUAGGUUACGAGAAAGUUUAUUGUAUGUGUUUAGAGAGAAGUUCUGGAAUGUGACGUAACAAAUUUAGUCACACCUGUAAUUGCAGCUAACGUUGUUUUAUUUCUUUGCGCGGGAAAACCUAACUCAAGAGAUAAAUUCAGAGAGAGGGUUACGGAAGGAACUACUCAAAGUGUGAAUAACUUUAAGAAAGAAAAUUCUCAUUCGCCAAACCGACAAGGUAAUCUUAAUAAAAAGAGCAGUUUUCUUCAAUAAGGCCGUCGGCGGAAUAGAACAAGGCAACUAUCAACCUGGUAAGAUAACGCCAGAUCAAUUCAAACAUCAACCCAGGAAAACGAAGAUAAAAUAUUGAUUUAUCCCGCAAACAGAGCAAACCAGGAAGAUGGUGACGAGAAUACAGAAUAGAACAAAUCAAGUACCAGCCCAGCAAGAUAUCCCAUACAGAACAAUGCAACCAUCAACCGAGGGAAAUGAAAUUAUAGUGAAUUCAUUAUUAAAUGAACCGUCAACCCAGAAAGAAAAAUCUAGAACUCAGAUGUUUCUUGACUCGAAAUAUUAUAAAUAUGGAACGUUUUGUUUUCAGAUAUUUCUUUUAGCGGGUGUGGUGACUGCUAUUAUCCUAAGUCAGACGCAUUAUCAUUUACUGCCUUCUGUGAUGUCAACUCCUCCACAGCUUGUGGCACCAACGUCACCACUGCCUAUGAUAUCACCUCCUCUGCAGUUCCACCAUGCCUUCUUCCACCUAAAAUCAAGUGGUUACACAGAUUUAGGUCUUCGCACGCAGAGUUUAGAGUCCAGUGAAGGAAAGGUUGGCACGGGUGCCAGUCAUCAAACUUUGCUUCGAUUUCGAUUUCACAUGCCUCAACAGGUCUUCGCAAGCAGAGUUUAGUGUCCAAUGAAGGAAAGAAGGAGUAAAUUAUUUACAUUGGAAGAAAGAUGAGAGCCAGAAUGUAGGCAACUUUCAGUUAGUCAAUGAAACCUGCGUAUUUGUGCCACAAGAUGGUAUUUAUGAAAUAAGCUAUGCAGUACAAUUGCUCAUUCCCAAAGAUACCCUUCUAGCAGUUGUAACCCUGAUGUUUCAGAAAAAAAAUAAUGAAGAAGAUUAUGUAUUUAUGAAGAAAAGUUGUAGUUCUUUAGAUAUGUCACAAUACACCAUAAUGCAAUCAUCGUUUACAUACCAACUUAAAGCUAAUGAUACAAUCGUUUUGAGAAUGAACAAGGCUGGAUUCAUCAGUCGCAAUACACCCUCAGGCUAUCUGUCUAUAACCAGCUUACACAUAAAAACUCAAUAAAA